AAUAAUGUAGGCAAACAGUUUCUGAAAAUUGCCUAGUGCAAGGAGAUUAUACGAUUAUUUGGUUAAGAAUAAAGCAAUACUAACUGUGAAUGUUAAAUUAAGCAAAAACAAGAAAAAAACAGAAAGAAAAAGCAGGCAAAGAAAAAUGAAAAAAAGAGCAACGGAGGCAAAAAACUAUCCAUUGUCGAAAGAAAUAAGCAAGGCAUGUUUAGCUGACGGGCGGAGAUUGCGGAACGCUGCGAGAUGGCGUCUCCACAGGCGAUUGUUCAGUCGAUCCAGGUGGGGUGCGUUGUUGGUCUUGCAACGCUUGCUCAGCAAGCGAUAACCGAAUGGCUUCCAUCACCAUCACCUCUUCAAGGUCCAUAUCCAUAUGACUGUUUAAAGAGUCCAUGUAAUUGGAGUAUUCGGAAGGCACCAUCGAACUGUAGGUACGUCUCGGCCGGCUCCGUGCAUUUCCUCCCGCGGCAUUCGGUCGCACCACCGUUCUUCGCGUUGUACCACUACCGGACAUGCUGCCUGAGUGACGUCGGCGAUUCGGAGGCAUGAUGUCCAGCAUAUCCUGCCAAUUCGGUCGAACUUGAUC